AUGGAUCCUCUUGGAGUAGGUGAACGUCAAGCGAACGAUGGUGGUUUUCAUUACCAGCAGUCAGUAGCUAUAGAGGAUCAUAACUGGCAACCUUAUCAUGAGAUGCAGCUUCCAUUCGACCAGGCUAUUGCCCAUCAAGGACAACAGACAAGCACAUCUCCAAGUCAUGGAUUAUUGGAACCUAACACAGUAGUCCCAUUUCCUCCGCGUCAUACAAGUCGUGUGUCUUUCAGGCAGCACAGAGAAGAUAUUGCUAGCGUUCAGUUUCAAGAGAGGAGGCCAGGGAUGCAGCAGGAAGACAGCCGUGUCAAUCUGUCAUCAAGGUACCCAAAACAGCUGCUGGAGCUAUGCCGGGCUGAUGUUAGGGUCGAACAUCUGCAAGAGGGUCCUUUAUUCAACCUGCAAUCUGGGUAUAGACAGCCUAGGCAACGUGCAUACAACAUGCAGCCACAAGGCGAUGAGCAGGCCAGUAGAGGAUUGGGCCUUUUUGAGGUUGGUCCAUUAUUAGCAGGUCAGGUGUAUUGCAGAGAAGGCCAGACUGCGUCAUCUGAGUCAACUGAGCAAGUACGGUUCUCUGUGGAGGAGACAAACCAAUUUCCUGACAAAUCCCAGCCUGUGGAGCACAUGGAUACCCACAGUCUACCUCAAAGGCUGACUUCAAACAGGUAAGAGUCCCUAGGACAACAAAUCCUUCCUCUUAGGAAACACUUAAGGUGGCUGAACACAGUUUUGGCAGUUUGUGAGUAUAUGUCAGUUACCAAAUCAUGACAGAAGAAAGGUUGCAGCUCACAAGCUGAAACUUGACAAGUAAAAAAUAUACUGUUGAAAGAUUUUGAUUGACAGGUAAAAUGUGACGUUUGCGUAGUUUCCAUGGCAACAUGAACGAUUGAAUACAACCUUAAAAUUUCACUUCUGCUCAGUUUACAUAAAAUUCGCUCAUAAGAUUUUCCUAUUAACUUGCACACAGCUUACUAUAAUUAAUCAUGAUCAUUACCAUUUGAAACUUAUUUCACCAAAUUUAACAGACGGGUUUUAGAUAAUCAAUAAUAUCAUUGUACUGUUAUUAUUAAAUGUGUCAAAAAAUUCGUCUAAUCAAGUUCCAUUUUAAAGUUUUCAUUAUUCAAAAUAAGAUUAAAGUAAAAAUUCUGCCAAAUAUUACAAAAUUUGAAUUAGUAGAUUUUGAGAAAUCGUCUUUUGUGUUCCAUUGCUUUUUUCGCUGCCAUGUUUGUUUGUCUAAUUGAAAACAGGCGUCGUCACGCGAGUUAGUUAGUUAGGCUGUGAAAAAGUCGAGAAAACGUUCUGGUUUUGUGAUUUCCUCAUAUUUUAAAGACAGUAUACUUAAUGCAGUUUAAAGGGAUGCAAACUUCUAAAAAAAGGUAUGUGAUAGGGGUACCAUUUGUCAACAGUAGGUAUACGAAGGGGGUACUAUUUCUGUCAAAAAUGGUAUAUAAAAGGGUAAGGAGUUGGACCUCAGGGCGGAGCCUCCCCGCAUAAAAAUUUCUUGAGUACCCCCCGGGUAGCUUUACAAGACCAUGAUUCAUGGCAUUGAUUCAUUUAUACUCUUUUUCAGGUUGUGUUGCGCACGAGGGGGAAAGUUAAGCCCAGGCAGAAUCUUUGAUGGUAACUUUAUUAUUUGGCGAAUAGAGAAUUUCUCUAUACACCUUCGAGAUGCUGUGAACGGAGGGAUAUCUUCAUUAGAAGGUCCUCCGAUUUACACUGGUCUUUAUGGUUACAAGCUCCGCAUAUGUAUGUUCCCGACAGGAAUUGAUGGUGGAGAUAGAAGACACGCUGGCCUUUUUAUUGGCAUGAUGCAGGGAGAGUACGAUAAUAUCCUGGAGUGGCCCUUUACUGCAAUAAUCUCUCUCACAAUGUUGGAUCAAAGCAAUGGAGAAGACCCUCACCAUAUAAGUGGUACUUUCGUGACCGACAGAAAUCAGAGAGCUUUUCAAAAGCCUGAUACUACCGUGCAAUACGACACCCUGUAUGGGUACGCAGAGUUUGCACCUAUUGACAUGAUUUGCAAUCCUCGAUACUCCAGAGAUGAUACAGUAAUGAUCAAAAUUGAGAUUCAUCCUUAUAGCAUUCCCUGA